CCUUCGUCUCCCGCUCUCCACGCAGAGACCCGGACCGUGUGAGAGACGCCGCGAGUUCUGUGCACCCUGCACUGUACGUACCGUGUACCAGUCGGGGAGCGGGCAGUAUUAUUGCGGUGAACACCACGCUGCCCUCCAAGUUCGACUCCCGCUCACGGCCACCAACACUGCUGACGAUUACCUCAGCCGCUCCUGGGCCUCCCCGUGUAGCCGUAGCGAGCAGCACCGAUGAAGGCCGGCACGGCACGCGACACCAGUGUUGGUGGCCGUGAGCGGGAAUCGAACCCUGGGUGGCAAGUGUGCCGUUGGAGCCACGCUGCGAGCUGCGUGCUGAGGAGCGCCUCUCUGCACGAAGCCUCCUGGAGCCUCUCCCGGAGCAGUCACCAUGGAGGCUCAUGGGCUGCACAGUACCUCACGCACCCUCGUGGCGCUGCUCGUGACGAGCUACGCGUUCCUCACGUCUGGGCUCACGGAGGAGAAUUUCUCCCCGAACUGGCUGGUUAACCUGGGGGGAGCCUGGGAGGUCCAACCGCCACAGGCCGGGCAGCCUCUACCUCUCGCCAAAGCGACCGUGGCUGUCCACAUCAGCGACCGGCUCGCAGAUCACGAAGCCAAGAGGGAGCCUCGAGUCGCUUCCUCUCCCAGCCAUGGCGUGGAGGUUCCCCAAGGAGGAGGAGGAGAAGACGACGACCCAGCUCCCUUAGGGUGGAAGACCUUCAUGGAGAUGCUGCACAGCAGGCCGGUGGCCAUCGCCUACGAGGUGGCGAGUGCAGGGAUCGCCCUCCUCAGCCUCGGAGUGUGGCUGAAGAAUGCAGUGUGGCGUCCGCGACCUCCUGCCAUGCCAGCGAUGGCCGUCCACACCACCAACCUCCCGAAACAAAAGGCUCGGUCGAACUUGGCCGAAAUGGUACCUCAAGCAGCUUCUUCUUUAGGCUGUUGGAUGACGGUUCCGCAAGAUGGAGAAUACCCGUCUCCCUCAAGGUGGACGACCUUGAUGAAGAUGCUGCACAGUGGGCCGGUGGCCAUCACUUACCACGUGGAGAGCACGGGGAUCACCAUUACCAGCCUAAGAGUCUGGCGGAAGAAUCAACUGUUUUAAACAGAAGUCAUCGCAACGUGGACGAGUUUAUCGAAGCCGCCACAUGAGAGGAUCCAUGUGGAAAUUGGCUCGGGGCAAGCGCCACCCCAUGAAAAUCAAGAGGACUCACAGAUCCCUCAAGACUCAGCUGGAUGGCUGCUCCAUGAUGAAUAGCUCACCAACACUUAACAGCGCACCCACCAACAGCACCACUCCUACCAACACCAGCACUCCUACCAACAGCACCACUCCUACCAACACCACCAUGACAAACCCCACCCCGACCAACAUUGCUAUCUCGACUAACACCAUCACACUUUCAAAUACCACCACCUCUACCAAUACUACCCUGACUAACACCACCACCUCUUCCACCCCUACAAACCCUACCAACAACAUCUUCUCCACCUUCACCACCACCAGGACCGACACCAUUACCCCAGCUGAGCGUGAGUGGUGUCACCUCAUGAUCAUGGCCCGCACCAAUGCCCGCUGCACUACAAUAAGCUCAAUUAUCCCUACCAGCUCAACCACCAACUCCCCCGCUCCUACCAACUCCACCACCUCGACCAAUCCCACGCCUAUCAACAUUACCUCCUCUACCCUCACUACCACUCCCAGCCACAUCACCCCAGCUGAGCAUGUGUCCAGCCUCAUGAUCAUGAGGGAAAAGAGAUCACUCUUCAUGGCCCGGAUCAAUGCCUGCUCCACCACUCCUACCAACUCCACCACCUCUACCAACCACACACCUACUAACACUACCUCCUCUACUAACCCAACCCUGACCAACAUCACUUCCUCUACCCUCACCACCACUCCUUCCCACAUCAUCACCCCAGCUGAGCGUGAGUCCCGCCUCGUGAUCAUGAGGGCAAAGAGACCACUCUUCAUGGCCCGGAUCAAUGCCUGCUCCACCACUCCUCCCAACUCCACCACCUUUAGAAUCCGCACACCUACCAACACUACCACCCCUCCCAACACCGCUACCCUGACCAAACGCAACUACUCCGACGAACACCACCACUCCUACCAAAACCAACCCUAUCAACGCCAACCCUAUCAACACCAACCCUACCAACACCAUUAUUCUUACUACUACCCCUACCAACACCAACCCUACCAGCACCAAUCCUACCAACACAAUGACUCCUACCAAUACGACCACCCCAACCGACACCAUCACUCUUCCCAACAACAGUCCUAUCAAUGUUACCUAUCCUACAAACGCCAACUCUAUAAACACCUUGACCCCUACCAACACCACCACCACCCCAAAUAAGAAAUAAUACAAAAUAAAUAACAUUACAACAUCGCUGCACCCUUUGCAUGUUAGCGUGCUGCGCUACGAAGCCGGCGACCGGAGUUAAAUUUCCGCUCAUGGCCAACACCAGUGAUCGACUCAGUCUCAAAUUAGUGCCUGGUACUCAUUUAGCUGAGGCUACCUCGCAUGCCAGUCUGUUAAAUCUUUACGGGGGAUCUUUGUCUUUGACAUAUCUGUGGGCUAGAGUGUAGCUUGAUUUAUUGUUCAUGUGAGGGAUGCGCUUUGCCUGCAGCCGCCACUACAUCUCCGCUCAUGUGUGUUUAGCCGUGUCAGUGACGCGCCACGAUGUCGCUACUGCUGCUGUCACUGUCACGACCCGGUCGGUGCAGGGUGCUCUGGGACGAAAUAAAAAAGUGGCACGAGGAUUAUCGCUGCUACUUCAGCAGAUCAAGAACGGUUCUCAUGGAGUCAUCAAAAUGCACCUGAAAUCACAGCUGACCAUCUCAAUCACAUCUGUGAAAUGUCAACGGUGGUGUCCGUUGCCCCUGCUGUGAGUGGUGGAGAUGUCCUUGAGCAGUGGUGAUGUCCCUGAGUGGCGGUGGAGAUGUCCCUGAAUAUUGGUGGAGUCUGUACAACGCGGCUGCUGUAUUCGUGAUUAAAGAACCUGAGCCGAGCGUGCUUGGUGGAGCUCAGCAGAAGGUGAUGAGCCGGAGGUGUGAACUGAAAGUUCGAGCUCAAGGCGUGAGCUCAAGGUGUGAGCUCGAGGUAUAAGCUGGUGAUGCGGUCUGGAGGUGAGCACGCGGUGUCCCUGUGCUCACAAGCGUGGUGCGGGAGG